AUGCCACCAAGGGUAGACAGUGUAGCCCUGCUCAAAUGCACCAUGCAGAUGAUCAGGGAAGCUCACACUGAUUGGAAUGAAGACCAAAUCUUGGAGUGCACCUUCUCCAUAAUGAACCUUCAACCUAAUACCAGCCAAGCAGAAAAGAUCCCCAAGUUGGUACUCAGCAUCAUCUCGCAAAUUGUCAAACUCAAUGAGAACAACUGGGCCAUCUGGGAGCCCAUGUUCAUGGACUGCAUCCACCCAAUCAAGAAUGCCAAAUGUAUCCUCACCAGAGAGAUCCCUAGUGGCCACACCAACUAUGAUGAAGAACUAGACAGCCAUUUGCUGGGUCUCAUCCUGUCCUCCUGUGACCACAGACCCACUAGCCAUAUUGACACUUACACAGUGUGGGAGCAAGAUGAGGAAGAACAGCUCAGCUCUACACUGUACAAAAGGCUCAAGGCUGCACUCACAAUCAAUGACAAGGUCAAACUCUCUGCCAUUCAUGAUUGUGUACAUGAGAUCAAGCUGGUCCAUUGCAACAUCAUCAACCUUGGUAAGGAACUUGACCAAAUCUGGAACAAUGCUGCCAGGCUUGGCAGCUGCAUGGACAAGAAGCUCAAGAAGCUCAAGAAGUCCACCCUGUACCAUUGUGUCAAAGACAACUGGCUCUACACCCAGACAGUAGACUCCCUUAAAGCCACCCAACCUGGUUGUAGCUAUGAAUAUGCCUAUCACAUGCUUGCCAAGAAGCAUCAGGAAGCCAAACUUUCAGGCUGCAUCUGUGCUGCAGCCAGAGUUGCUGGCAACAAGAAUACAACAGGCCAAGCCAAUGGGCCUGGGCAGAUACUCAACCAAGAGGGCUACAACAGGGGUAGACAUGACCCUGUGAACCCCAAUGAGCCAGCAAAGUGUUACAAGUGUAGGCAACCAGGCCACAUUGCAAUUAACUGCACUAGCAAUCAGGAGCAGACCCCCACCCAGCAGGAAUAG